AUGAGUUCAUAUUGGAAGAAUUUUAGAUGGAUAAAGUCAUCACCCGAUGAACACGAGUUUGCCGAAAAGAGAAUGAUGGAGAAUAUCAAAGUUCCUUAUGAACAGAAAAUGGUAAAGGUUGGAGACCACUAUAUCAACACUGUCAAAGCUGGUAGUGGUGAACCACUCGUAUUGAUUCAUGGAUAUGGUGCUGCACUAGGUUUCUGGUGUGCCAACAUUGAUUUCCUUUCAAAACAUUAUACAGUUUAUGCAAUUGAUUUAUUGGGAUUUGGAAGAAGUUCAAGACCAGAUGUAAAAGAAUUAAAGACUAGUGAUCAAGCUGAAGAGUUUUGGAUCAAUUCGAUUAAUGAGUGGUCCGAUGUAGUUGGAUUACAAAAGUUUGAUUUGUUGGGACAUUCACUUGGCGGCUAUUUAUCGGCCUGUUUUACUCUAAAGUAUCCACAACGUGUCAAUCGUUUGGUGUUGGCUGACAGUUGGGGUAUCCCCGAGAGACCAGUCGACUAUGAUCAACACCUCCCAACAUCACUCAAGAUAUUGAGCAAGAUCAUCACACCAGACGUCCCACUCAGUAUAUUACGUGCACUCGGUCCAUUUGGCCCAGACAUUAUCUACAAGGUUAGAGGUGACAUUUUACAAAAGUUUGAAAAUAUCUAUCCUCUUGAUCCAGUCCCACCAAGAAAACAACAAUUGGUAGCCAAUGGAACUGCAGCUGCAACAGUUGCAAUAGAUGUAGAUAAAAAACAAGUACCACCACCAGCAGCGGCAGGAGCAGGAGAAGGAUCGGCUGCAGCACCAGUAACAUCAACACCAGCAGUAGUUAAUCGUGUAGCUGAAUAUAUUUAUCAUAGUAACGCACAAUCGCCCGCGACUGGAGAGUACCUCUUUGGUUUAUUGUCAUUGCCAUUGGGAUGGGCAUCCAAUCCAUUAUAUGAUCGUAUUAAAAAACUUCAUCCAGAUAUUGAUGUUACCAUGCUCUAUGGUUCAAACUCUUGGAUUGACAGAGAACCUGGAUACAAAUUAAAAGAGGAGCUAUCAAAUAUCAAAGAUGUAGUAAUUCUUGAAAAGAGUGGUCAUCAUUGUUAUAUCGACGCAGUUGAUCAAUUCCAUACCUCUAUUCUCAAUGCAUUACCAAAAGUUGAAAAGGAUAUUAGAAGAGAUUUAUUAAAUCAAAAAGAUCAAUUCUAA